AUGACAUCUAAAAACCACAUCGGUCAGAGGCUCUCGUACGAUGGCGCCCUCUGCACAGUCCGCUACAUCGGCGCAGUCGCCGGCACCUCGGGCACCUGGCUCGGUGUAGAAUGGGAUGACACAGGACGCGGGAAACACGACGGCCAGCACAAGGACGUCAGAUACUUCACAUGCCUCUCAAAAUCCCCCACCGCCGCCUCGUUCGUGCGCCCGACCCGCCCCGCCGACGCGGCGCAGAGCUUCGUGGCCGCGCUGAACGGCAAAUACGCCUCCGAGGCCGCCGCGGAGCGUGACCAGCCGGAGAUCCAGAUCGUCUUCUUUGGCAAGAAGCCCGCCGAGGAGGUCGGCUUCGACAAGAUCCGGCGCCAGCUCGCGCGCGUCGAGGACCUGACCAUCGUGAUCCUCGACGGCGCGCGCGUCGCCGUCGACGUGGCGCCGGGUGACAAGGGCGUCCGGGAGACGAGCCCGCUCGUUACCGAGCUGGAUCUGAGCAGGAACCUGUUUGAGGAGUUCGGGCAGGUUGUGAGGAUCUGCGGGGAGCUGGAGAGCUUGGGGAGUCUGAGGCUCAAUGGUAACCGCUUCCGCGUCAUUGAGAACGAGGAAACGAAGGCUUUCGCGAAGGUCACUGAACUGGAGCUCGAAGAGACGCUGUUGGAUUGGGAAUCUUUGUCCGGUGUAGCCCGCAAGUUUCCGUUACUGUCGUCUUUCAGCUGCAGCUUGAACCAGUUGUCUACGCUGCCUACGGUCUCGUUUGGUCACCUCGCCGACACCCUCACGACUCUGGAUCUAGAGUUCAACGAGUUCGCCUCCUUCUCCGAACUCGCCUCGCUCGCGUCCCUUACGUCCCUCCGCAACCUCCACCUCAAGGGAAACAACAUCUCCACCAUCUCCCACCCUUCCGUCCCGGCCCCCGUCUUCCCUCCGGCGCUCCAGUAUGUCGACAUAUCGUACAACGCAGUCACGAGCUGGUCCUUCGUCGACGCCCUCCCCUCGUCCUUCCCAGGCCUCACCGCCCUCCGCUUCGCCCACAACCCCAUCUACGAACGCCCCGACCCGGAAGCCCAAGGCGGCGGCGGCAACCAGACAAAGUCCACAGACGAGGCCUACAUGGUCACGAUCGGCCGCCUGGGCUGCCUCAAAGCCCUCAACUUCACCUCCAUCUCGGCCUCGGACCGCUCCAAUGCGGAAAUGUUCUACCUCUCCCGCAUAGCCCGACAGCUCGCCUCCGUCCCCGAGGCCGCCGAGGCCGAGGUCCUCGCCCAGCACGCCCGGUACGCGGAGCUCUGCGCCAUCUACGGCGCGCCGGACGUCAUCCGCCGCGACGAGAUCAACCCGUCCUACCUCGAAGCGCGCCUGAUCACGGUGCACUUCUCCCACCACGCCACAACUGAAAAUCCCACCGAGACCACGAUCACGACGAAAACGACGACCCUCCCAAAGUCCUCGGACAUUUACGCCGUCAAGGGCGUCGCGGGCAGGCUUUUUGGUAAGGAGCCGCUCCGCCUGCGGCUCGUCUGGGAGACGGGCGAGUGGGAUCCCGUGGCCGGAUUUGACGAGGAUGAGGACGCGGACGACAGCAGCGACGAGGAGGACGCCGCCAGGGGAGGCGGUGAGGCAGCAGAAGCGGGCACGGCUCAGGAGGGCAAGGGAGGGAGGUGGGUGAAGAGGGAGGUCGAGCUCAAGGAUGGGCCUAGGCAGUUGGGCUUCUGCGUGGACGGGUUGGAUGUCAAAAUCCGCGUGGAAGACAGAUGA